UGACAAAGGCCAUCGUCUCUUUUCUUCUCUCCCAUUGAAGCCCGUGUUCUUUCCCUCGUCUUCGCCCACCGACGGACCGACAACAUGGCGCAGCAGUUCGUGCAGACCAAAAUCAAAGGGGACAAAGUGGUGCUGUUCAUUAAGCCCACGUGCUCCUACUGCAUCAUGGCCAAAGAGGUGCUGGCCAAAUACAAGUUCAAGCCGGGGCGUCUGGAGUGCAUUGACAUCAGCGGACACGGUGACAUGGACAAAAUGCAGGACUACUUCCUGGAGCUCACCGGAGAGCGCACGGUCCCGCGGGUGUUCAUCGGCGAGGAGUGCGUCGGAGGGGGCAGUGAUGUGGCGGCGCUGCACAAGAGCGGAAAACUGGAGGGCAUGCUGCAGUCUAUCGGAGCCCUGCAGUGACCUGCUCCCCCAACCCUCCAGGCGUUUGGCUUCCACGCGGGGUCACAUGACUAUGCAGCGGGACUUGCGUAGUUUGCGUCGCCGCUGCUGGUACUCACUGAGCUCCUGCAGGUAGCCUCUGGACGGCCAGCGCAGCCUCUCCACCUGCUCUCGCUCCUCCUCUGGAACACACAAAUCCAAAAAGAAAAAAGAAAAAAACACAUCAUUCAUGUUCUGCAAAGACAACUGCGGAAAACCAUCACAGCAAGAUUUACUGCACACACUCACGAAUACACACACACACACACACAGAGUAAUAACUCCCUGGAUCGUUGCCAUGAACACCGCCGUCGAGACCGAAACGUCUGACGAAAAUUUUGUUUACACGGACAAGCCACAGAAGACCAACGGUGAUCCAUCACGUGCUGUCUCCUUAUUCUGACCUUUGACUUCACUCGUGCCCUUCAGUACCCGUCCAAUGGCCUUAAAUACGUUUUGUGUCUAUGAAAUAAUGAUGACAAUAAAAAGUGCUACUGCUACAAACCAGA